GAAAUUUUGCGACCGCAUCCCCAGACAAGCUCGCCGCCCUCUUCAACAACCGUCCAACACGACACCCGCUCCAAUCCCUCCGCCAUCCAAUAUUCUCGGUUGAUAAACCACUUGAAUCGUCAAGGCCACGCGCAGAGCGCGCGCGCUCGCACACACACGCACACACAGAGACAUAUAUCACCUCGACCCGUCAUCAUGGCGAAGCUUCCCUCCCUGACGCCGCCUUGUCGAGCCCUCUGCUCCGGCGCAACCACCUCCCUACGCAACCCCCUCGCCCGAGCGCCGCCAUCGCCUUCCCUCUUCGCCGUGCAGGUCCGGCACGCGACCUUCAUCCCGCGGCCCCGCCGGCCCUACACCUUCACGCAGCUCGUCCAGCUCUCCGACGGCUCCACCUACACCAUGCGCAGCACCUCGCCGCUGCCGCUCUACCGCGCCGUCAAGGACACGCGCAACACGCUCAUGUGGCAGCCCUCGGAGAAGUCGCUGCGCAACGUCGAGCUCGACGAGGCCGGCAAGCUGGCUGCCUUCCGCGAGCGCUUCGGCCGGGGCUACGACGCGUCCGCCGAGGCCGAGGGCAACGAAGGUGCCGACGGCGUGCAGGAUGAUGCCCCAGCGGGUGACGUGUUCGCCGAUCUGAUCACCGGAUACGCGCCGCAGGAUGCCACCGCGAUGAGGGACUCUGGGCCAAAGAAGUCGCCCACGAGGAGGAAGUAGAUUACUGUUGGGGGAAACGGGGACAGGUGGCGAGAAACGACUAGUACUGCGGUUGUACGAUACCGGGAGGUUUGAAGAAAGUGUAUAUGUACAGCACAGCCCACGGCUCAUCAAAACAGCGUUGAUUCAGC